UCCAGAAGUGAGUAUGCGUGUCAUGGAGCAGAGUGGCAUGUGAAGAAUUUUGGACACGGAAGCGAACGGGCUGUGAGCCGCUUUGUGCCCGUUGCAAUCAUCUCCGAUCCCGUCCAAUCGCAAUGGCGAUGUGCCGCGCAGGCCUUCUCGGCAGCCGCCUUCCUCACCCCUUCCGAAUCCUCUGCCGCCAGAUGAGCACGGAGCCGAGGGUGGCCGUUGAUCGACUGAGGCAAUCAGGGCUGUUGAGGACCCAGGGACUUAUCGGUGGGAAGUGGAUCGAUGCUUAUGAUGGCAAAACCAUUCCGGUUCAUAAUCCUGCUACUGGUGAUGUUAUUGCUAAUGUUCCAUUCAUGGGAAGAAAUGAGGCCAUCAAUGCAAUAUCCUCUGCACAUGAGGCAUUUACAUCUUGGAGCAAACUCACAGCAAAUGAACGGAGCAAGCGUUUAAGAAAAUGGUAUGAUUUAAUCAUUUCUCAUAAAGAGGAUCUUGCACUACUUAUAACAUUGGAACAAGGAAAACCUUUAAAGGAGUCACUUGGCGAGGUUAACUAUGGGGCUUCAUUCAUUGAAUUUUUUGCCGAGGAAGCUAAAAGGAUCUAUGGUGACAUAAUUCCUCCUACAAUUGAUGAUCGCCGCUUGUUGGUUUUAAAACAGCCUGUUGGAGUAGUUGGAGCAAUAACUCCUUGGAACUUUCCUUUGGCCAUGAUUACUCGCAAGGUUGGGCCAGCAUUAGCUAGUGGUUGCACUGCUGUUGUCAAGCCGUCAGAGUAUACACCCUUAACUGCUUUAGCUGCAGCUGAGCUUGCUCUUCAAGCUGGCAUUUCACCAGGUGCACUAAACAUUGUAUUUGGAAAUGCUCCGGAUAUUGGUGAUUCUCUACUUGAAAGCACGAAGGUCAGGAAGAUCACCUUCACUGGAUCAACAGCUGUUGGAAAGAAACUUAUGGCAGGAUCAGCAAGUACUGUUAAAAAGAUAUCGUUGGAACUAGGUGGGAAUGCACCUUGCAUUGUGUUUGAUGAUGCUGAUCUGGAUGUUGCAGUAAAAGGCACCCUUGCAGCAAAAUUUCGCAACAGUGGCCAAACUUGUGUCUGUGCAAACAGAAUACUUGUGCAAGAAGGUAUAUAUGAUAAAUUCGCUAGUGCUUUUGCAAAGGCUGUUCAAGCUCUGGAAGUUGGCAAUGGCCUUAUUGAAACUACUGUUCAGGGUCCAUUGAUCAAUGAAGCCGCUUUAGAAAAGGUUGAAUCAUUAGUUAAAGAUGCUACUGGAAAGGGAGCAGAUGUACUAGUUGGGGGAAGGAGACACAGCCUAGGCAGGACAUUCUAUGAGCCUACUGUACUUGGAAAUGUCAAUAAUGAGAUGCUAAUAUCUAGUCAAGAAGUAUUUGGCCCAGUUGCACCACUUUUACGCUUUAAAACUGAAGAAGAGGCUAUACAAAUAGCUAAUGAUACAAAUGCAGGUAGAUAGAUCUACACAUGCUAGAGGGAACGUCGUAUGGCGCCAAAGUUAUCUGACAAAGCUCCUAUGAUGCUUAAGUCAAUACAAUGCUUGUGGAAGCAAAAGUACGAUGGAAAUUAAGAGAGAGAGAGAUUGUGAACUUGUCUACGUUGAAUAUACCUCACUACUUAUAGAUGUGUGGGAAGUGUGGAAUCUGUAGAGAUUAUGGCCAUAAUGUCCAAGAAAGUAGAGGGGUUGUUCUGAUUAUUUCAAUCAUUUUUGGUUGUUAAUCUCGCCUCAAUUACUAUUUGAUUAUAGCGGCUUCAAUUGUUCAGUCAUAGCUACCCUAGAGAUGGUGAUUGUGGAGUGACCAUUAUUAGAAUUGUGGGCCACUUCAAUUGUUCGAUUGGGGAACUGAGUUGUAUCAAGGGCUGUAAACAAGCCAAGCUGAGCCAAACUUUGUGGUGUUCAAGCUUGUUUGAUAAGGUAAUCAAGCCAAGCCAAGUCUAGAAUGAAUCAAGCUGUUAAAAUGAUUGUUCAAGCUUGGUUUGAUUUUUUUUUCAUAAGCUUAAACUCGGGUCCGUUUAAAU